CUGAUUGGUCGGUGGUCGUUUGUUGGGGCGCCGGACCGGCUGUGGAUGGUGAGCGUGGGCGAUGGCGGCUCUCCGUUUACCUUCGCCUCUAGGACCGGCUUUUUGCCGCGCGAUGACCGGUUUUUCGAGGAUGGUGAUAUUCUCCGACAUCUGUACCUGCAAAAUGCCACAUCGAGUGUGGGAGAAAUGGAAAGACCCAAGGUCUCUGAAUUUUGCUGCCACAUAACAGGGUGCAGUCAACUGUUUGAUACUCUAGAAAGCUAUGAACACCAUUAUAACACCUUGCACCGCAACGUCUGCUGCUCCUGCAAGCGUUCUUUUCCAUCUAGCCACCUGCUUGAUGUUCAUAUCUUGGAGUGGCACGAUUCACUCUUCCAAAUUUUGGCAGCAAAACACAACAUGUAUCAGUGUUUGAUAGAGAGCUGUACAGAGAAAUUCAAGACCUCCAGUGACCGCAAAAACCAUUUGAUCAAAGUUCAUGGUUAUCCAUCUGACUUUAGAUUUGACAAACCAAAGAAGCUUAAACGCAAUCCAAAGAAUCAGGAAAGGAAUCCUUAUGAUAUGGAAGUGGAAGCAACUGUAUGCCAAAAAGAAGCAGAUGAUACAUUUUGCAAAGCAACUGUAGAGUCCAUGGAGCCAGAGCCAGGAGAAACAAUGGAGGCUGAGAGUCCACCUAGACCGGAGAAAUCUGGCACUGCCAUGCUGCGCCAACGACCUCCCAUCUCUUGCAGGGUGCCUGCUACAAUUUGUUUUGGACAUGGAUCAAUCCGUGGCUUUAAGAACCCAAGGAAAAAGAAGUAAUACGAGUUUUGAAUCGAAUAGUCACAAAACUGCAGAACUCAGUUCUGUAAUAAAGACGUCAAGAUAUGAAUUUGGAAUGAUCCCUGUUAGUCAAAUGGUAUCGUUUUGGCCUCCAGGAGACUUUGUGUUUUCAGAAAUUAUCAGCCAAUGAAUUCCAUCACUUUUUUUUUGUUCAUAAAACAAACCAUUUAAAAUGUCAUUGGGAAAUAAAUCCAUUCUAUUUUGAUAUACUUCCAUUAGAGGCCUUUCAUUUCCAAGGACGCUUCACUGAAUUCUGGAUAUGAUGGCAUGCACAGGUAUUUACACUGUCAUUGCUUGUGGAAACUAAUUUUAGCUCAUUCAGUAUUAAUAAGAUGGAAUUUAUUCAAGCCAGUAAUUUUGGGAUAGUUGCCUAUUCACUUUCUCCUUUAUAGCUAUUCAGCACCCUAAACACUUCACCUGCAAAUCUUUUGGGGUCAUUUAUUACUUCCAGUGCUUCCUGAUGGGACCUCUUCUACAUGGGUCAGACCUGGUGCAGGUUGAGUGACAGCUUUAUCGCGCACCUCUGCUCCAUCUGCCAAAAGGGGAAUUUCCUGGUGGCUGAGUGUCUUAAUUCAAUUCCCUUGGCAGUUCAUGGCCUCCCCAUGUGCCACAAUGAGGCUACUCUCAGGGUGGAGGAGCAACACUUUAUAUUCCAUCUGGGUAGCUUCCAACCUGAUGACAUGACCUCUCCCCCAAGCAACUUUUUUAUUCUGGAGCUUUUCCCCCCUUCCUUUCCAGCCCUGAAGAAGGAUCUCAUCCUGAAAUGUUGACUGUUUACUCUUUUUCAUGGAUGCUGUCUGACCUGCUAAGCUCCUCCAGCAUUUUGUUUGUGUUGCUUUGGAAUUCCAGCAUCUACAGGAUUUCUCAUUUUGCUUUCUCAAGUGCACAAGUUUAGAGUACAAUACACAAUGGAAAAAUUUGAUUCCCGUUUUCAGCAGGAUGAUGACAUUUUGCUUCUGAUUGUGCAGAAGCACAAAGAUUUGCUAACUGGUAGAGGUCUUUGUCUUUCUGCUAGUGUGCAAUCGAAAAAUCUCUGGAGAGGAAGGCCCCAAAUCCUCGGCUUUGCCUGUUGCUUGGCGGCCAGGGCCAGGGUCGAAGCGCUCGGCAGAUUGGUGCUCAGUGUCAGAGGGCUGGUCGGAGGCUGGAAGUUUUUCGGACGGACUCUGAGUUGGCUGUGGUCGGAUGCUGCAUCGGGAAGCUUUACGGCGCUGGAGGUUCAUGGCAGGGAGAGUUUUUCUUCCUUCUACCGUCUACGUGAGAUGAGAGGACUUUGAGACUUUUUUUUACCAUGUCCAUGGUCUGCCCUUAUCAAAUUACGGCAUUGCUUUGCACUGUUGUAACUAUAUGUUAUAAUUAUGUGGUUUUUGUAAGUUCGUCCUGGUCUGUCUUGUGUUUUUGUGAUAUCAUGCUGGAGGAACAUUGUAUCAUUUCUUAAUGCAUGCAUUACUAAAUGACAAUAAACGAGGACUGAGUGUCCUCAUAAUCUAAUCUAA